GAAACACAAAAUGUUUCUAUAGUCCACUAUCUGGGACCCCGGGACCGAGCGUCGUAGGGGGAGCUACGCUAUUCUCAGGAUUAAAGACAGAUACCGUAGCAAUAACAGAAGAAAACUGCACGUCUCUACUAAGACUGUCACCCUGCACUCGACUUCGUUUAGGAGUGCUCUCUCUAUCAUUCUUCUUGCUUUCACCACUACUACCAUCACUAUUCUCAUCGUCAUUUUGGCAGCAACUUUUUGGCAGCUCUUCUUCUUGUCUGUCUCUCCGUCUUUUGUUGUGCGGGAGGUCCUCUGGCUCGAAGCUCUUGCUCUCUUCCACGCCAUGAUUCCCUUCUCGACUGCUGUCUUGGUCUCUGUCUUGUCCUCCUCUUGUUCCCUCUGUUCCUCCUCCUUCAUCGUUGCCACUCGAAUUUCCCUCAUCGCCAUCAUGAUGAUCGUUUUCGUUUGUACUACUAUCGAAAUCCCAACCUAUUGGCCGGGGUGGAAAUUGAUCCAUGAGCAGUCCAUGACGUUUAAAAACAUCACGAGUUCGUACGGACAGGAAACGAGCCAGCUCGAAAGUAAAUCGUCUCCGAAUCCUAUUCGUAUGAAAAGCCUUCAGGCGAAUCAAGGCUGUUUCGUCGGUGAAAUUCCCUUUGCAAAUGGCUUCGUAUGCCAAGUGGUUGGCGAUAGCUACGAUAAGUCGAUUGGUGCCUUUGCCAAGACCACCAUACGUCGAAAAAGCAGCAGUAAGGAGGGUAGAUCUAGACGGGUUGAAAGUUCCCGCAUAGUGUUUUGCCUUACUUGCAGCUCGAUCUUCGAGGGCGGAUCCUGGCGUUUGGAGUGACUUGUCGAUACUUCGCCUAGCAGAUGGAUUGACGACUGUGACAUCUAUAAGGAUGGAUUUGGUGCAGAGUUCCUCUUCUUUAUCUCCUGCGUGUAAUCCUGGGGGGAUCACUAAAUCCAUCUUGUAGAGCCCUCUUCCCCUACCAGUGCCUGUAGUAAAUGGGGAAGAGUCUUCAACAGCGAUUGGCAUGUGGCAUUCGCGUAAUGUCUUUAACAGCACGCGAACCAUCCUAUUGUGCAGGAAGGUUGAGGCGCCGGUCUUCGCGCAGACCAGGGAAUGGGGUCGGCUCAACCGUUCCAUACACGAUGACAAUGCACCUGCGCUGCAAAGUCUGCCUGUAUCGUAGUCAGUUCGGUCGUGACUCCCCAGUACACGACCGAUCGAUUCUCGAUAAAGGUCAGGUAGCAUCCGUUCAUCCAUCGAAAGCCCCUGCGUUGUCAGCCAUGAUAGAACCCCCUUGUCUUUUGCUUCCUCCAAGCGAAUCAAGGCUCUCUUCUUUGAGGUUUCCUGGGAUCCUGCUUUUUUCAAGCCUGUUACUACCAUAUGGCGGACUGCUGCAUGAAGGGGCUUCGACAGGACGGCUUGAGCUCCGAAGACUUGAUAGUACCGGCCAAAUUCAUUUCGCCCGCAUGUCGACGGAGAUGGUGGUUCCUCGUCAGGGUUGUCGUCUCCAUUUUGUCUCUCGGCUACUCCCUUCCCGGCCUCCAUGAGAUAAACCCCUCGAAGAGUGGGAGUUAAAUCGUCAGAUGUAACAAGUUUAGUCCAUGACUGACCAACAGCUCUUUCGAGCUUGUCUUUGGUGAUGAUCUCUUUUAGUUUCUUGAGGGAGUCAAUCAGAGCUAAUCCUGUUGGUAGCUGUGCAAGUUGCGGUAGGCAUUGUUCAAUGGUGAGUCCUGUUGAUGCCUGCACUGACUUGGAGAACAACAAUGCUUGCCCUGCCACAAAAGCCGAUUCUCGAAUGAGAACACUGCUCGUAAUUCCAAGCCCCCCUUCACGUAUGGGCAGGUGCACCUGUGCCCGAGCUGAAUCUUUGAAGAAGUAGACCUCACUCUUCUCUGGGUUUGCGCGUACCUCUUCCACGGUUGGAAUUCCCACAGUGUUUGCCAUUUUGCCGAGAACGAUCUUGCUUACUGCCCAUAUCAUCAGGUUGUCAUGUUCUCUUGCGGCAGUGUUGGUAAUGCUCGGUGCAAUCGUUCUCAGCAGAUGAAACAAGCGUGGAACGCCAGACAAACGUAGCAGUUGGUAGCUCGCUUGCGGGUCGUCAAGUGUGGAAAGGCGGCGUAUCAACUCAGCAGGGUUACCGCGGGCGAAGUUGGUGACGAAACUCCUCUGGAAGCACUCUGUCCCUACUGGGACUCCAACAAUGGCCAUACCACCUUCAGCAACCGAGAGACCCGUUUUCGUCAAAUCUCGCUGUUCGUCGUUUGUCAAAGAGGAGAAGAAUAAUCCUUCUGGGAAAAGGACUUUCGAUUUCGGGAGGCUGAGCUCAAUGCCUUUUUGCAGCAGGUGGUCUUGGAUCCAGUUGGUUACGGUGGCGAUGGCCUGAAUAUUUCUAGCCAAACCUGGUGGAAGAUGCACUUGGAGUGUGUGUGUGUGUGUGUGUGUGUGUGUGUGUUUUCGUCCUGUUUAUUAUGGCGACAGUCCCCCUAUUUUUCGUGGUGAGACGUGUACUACACUUUUCAGCCUAUGGGCCGUUUUAAACGGACCGACUUUUUGUCAAAAAUUUUGAAAGUGUCAAAAAAAUGGAACCUGUAUGUAGGCGUUUGUCCAUUUUUUUCAAAAAUAUUUGGAACGAAGUUGAGCGCGAAAACUUUGCUCCACUUCGUUCCAACUUUUUGACAACCCUCUCAAAGUAUUUGGAGCACUUUCCAAAGUACCCUUGCAGAGGCACGCGAGGGCUGCUGCGUCUGCACCACGAGUGCCCCUCACCGUAGAAAGUCAGCUAGGGUUGUGUGUGAGUCAUCUGUCGCUGUCGCUAUUGCUAUCGUCGCUGUUGCCAACGUUGACGAUGCUGUCUGCUGUUGCUGUGUCGUCCGAAAAACGGCGGUCCGCCAUGAUGACUUGCAGUUGUUGCUUCUCGUCCGCCGCUUUGUUCCCGGGGGGGUAGGAGCAGUGGUUGCCACCCCUCGCCGGCGGCCUGCUCCACCAUCGCUCUGAGUGUUGGUGGCGGCAGCGCCUCCCGUGGUAACAUGAGUGUUCCCCGAGAUGCCAGGCAGCAGCACUAUCUUGCUGGAGAGCAAGCCUCCACCGCCUACGGCGGCACCGAGAGAGCCCGUCUGCUGGAAUUUCGCCGGGGUUUUGGUCUGCCGGCCACGCUGGGUGGUCGUGAUAUCCAUGUCGGUGUCCAUGAUGUCGUGUUUUCCGCGGUUUGUGUUGUGUCGUGUGUGUUGUCUCGAAGUGAGCGCUACAACUCACGGACGGCGUCAUUUUUUUUUACACAAGUUGCACAAGUCCACGUCACACGUUUAAAAUGACUGCACACAGGUUCCAAGUUUUUGAAAGACUAAUGUCGAAAAUUUUGACAAAAAAGUCGGUCCGUUUACAACGGCCGAUCCGUACUUAAUAUUUUUU